AUGCUUCGCUGUCCUGCCGGGCUUGCUGAGGUGCACAUCCCCGCCAUCCGGGCGCACCCGCUUUUCCGGAGGUACGCGGAGGUCAACAAGACGAUCAUGAUGGAGAUCUGCCACAGGGCCGUGGCGAGGCUCUUCCUCACGCGCAGCGACGCCCUGUUCGCCGACGGGGACAUCCCUACGCAGCCGCGCAUGUAUUUCGUCAAGGACGGGCGCCUGGCGUACGUGCAGAACGUCGACUCCAUGUGCCUCGCGAAUGAGGUGGUGACCGCCGGGCAGUGGUUCUGCGAGGCCACGCUGUGGACGAACUGGGUGCACCAGGGCUCCAUGAGCGCCCGGAGGGCCUGCAACCUGCUCUCCCUGGACAGCGAGGCCUUCCAGAGGCUGCUGACGCCCGUCCAGGCGACCGACCACUCCGUGCGCAACUACGCCGCCGCCUUCGUGGCGCAGCUGAACGACCCGUGCCGGAGGCUGACCGACCUCACAGACCAGGACAUGGACCUGGCGCAGAUGGCAGUGGACGCCUGCCCGCCCGUCAUCAUCAAGCGCGUCGCCUUCGACAUCCGCAAGCUGAACCCGCGGAGUUCCGACAUGCACGCCCUGAAGCCGAACGCCUCGGCGAGGCGAGAGCUCGUUCCGUCUUCGGCGUGGUUUCUGGCCGCCCG